AUGGAACACACACACGAAAAACACACGGAUCAACAACAACAAAAAAAUAAUAGUAUCCGUUCCACUUCUUUCACUAAUACUGAAGAUGUCAUCGCUUCACAAAAUGUCAAUGAACCUUCUUAUCCAACUAAACAAGAACAAUCUUCUACUGGUGAAGGAAUACCAAAUAAAACAGUUCGAGCUGGUACUGAUCAAGGUACUGCUGGAGUAAGUACACCAUCUGGAUUUUUCCCUGGAAAUGACGGUGAUGGUGGUGAUUAUUAUAAAAGUUUACAAGAUAAAAGAACACGAGAGUUACCUAAAAGUAGUGAAUAUAAAAAGCAAUUUUCUAAAGAUACAAUAGGCGAGAAACGUACUUCUCAACGAACACGAUUAUCAGUAUCACCAAAUGGAGGACGCAUAUAUUUAGGAGUAACACCAAUAACAUCUUUUGACCAUAUAUCUAUUCAUGAUAUUGCAGAAUCGAACCAUAGCUUAGAAUUUUUGUUUAUUUCUGGAUUGAAAUAUAUUAAUGAAUCGAUACAAGAUAUUGCGCAUUUAUCCUCUAAUAUUCGGUAUCUUGAUUUGGUAUUCUGUCGCAAUAUUACUAACAGUGUAAUUAGAAAAAAUAGCGCAAUCAUGUCAGAAUUUGGAAUAUCUUGA